GCUGACUUCGACGUUCGAGGUCAGCUCACAAGCUUGCAACUCUGAGCACGAGCCAAGCACGAGCAACUUGUUGAAGCCAGUGCAACUUCAAGCAAGUUGCAAGCCUCACUUCUUUCUCUGCAAAAACAGCUCGGGCUUUUUCUUGUUUUUGGAACGCAAAUUGUUUUGCAGGAGACUUACUGGAGCAAUGGCUGACCCACGGAAUGUCCCCAACCCCUUGCUGCAGCGGGCGGCGACGUAUUUGAUCGUGCCCACAAUCCUGUUUAUCCUGCUCUCCCCAGGACUGCUGCUCGAGAUCCCCGCGCGGCACCACUUCAUUGGGCUGACGACCCACCACACCAGCUGGCAGGCGAUCCUGGUGCACGCAGUCGUGUUCCUGAUCCUCAACUACCUCAUCUUCCUUGCAUUCCUGUCCGCGGACAGGCGCCCCGGCGAUGAGAACCGCCCGGUGUUCCACGACCUGUCGGAGUCGACCAUGAUCAAGGCGCUCAAGUACUCCAUCAUCCCCACAAUCGUGUUCAUCAUCCUCUCCCCUGGUCAGCCUGCUGCUGACGAUCCCCGGCGCGCACCACCGCUGGAUCGAGUUCACGAGCUUCCACACGAGCGUGGCCGCGGUGUUCGUCCACGCGGCCGUCUUCUACGCCUUGAACUACGCCCUCUUCACCUCGCUCAUGGCGCGCGAGAGCGCGCGCGCAGAGACCGAGCCGCUGCUCAGGCCCCGCGUCUAAACAGGUGGGCGAUUGUCCUUUCUCGUCGCGGGUGGCUAAAUGGGUGGGAUUUUCGGGGCACAGGCAUUUGGCCUUGUCAAGAGCAUAGCGAAUGCAAGGGGCUUUGAGUGGGCGAAAUCUUAUGGGAUAUGCAGUGGGUUCUUGGGUUACGCGUAGAAACAGAAUUUUUGAGUGUAUACUAGCUUUUGCGUCUAUAAAUAUAAGUGGGAGAGACGGGGUGCCCGGUGCUCUGAACCGGGCACCCUCUGGAGUGUACAGUGAAGCGCAAAAUAUAAUUGCGAAUGGCUGGCGGGUAUAGACUGACCGAGUCAAAUUGAUAUAGAGGACGGACCGCUUGCAGAUCUUCCGAGGAUAAACGUUGUGUACGUACGUUUUUGUUCAGGGGGCGUAAUGUUGCGCCAGCUUGGUAUAUGGUAGUCCGUUUUUGACAUGGUCCUCUUUGCGAGAGUCUUGCUUUAUCGUCUAGCUGUAACUGGAAAAUUCUUCAGAUUCCUUAUAUUAAUCUAUUCCAAUGAUGCGUCCC